AUGCCUUCACUGUCAGGGAUGAGAUGGAUUGUUUUGGGUCUGCUUCUCUGGAGGAAACCGGCAGCCCGGGCUCAGGAGGCGCGGUGCUCUUUGGCUCGAGUCGGAGCGCGCCACCCGGUCGAGGCUCUGCUGGAGAGGUUUGAAGCCGGUCCAGGCUGCGCCGCCAGAGAGCGCGGAGAUAAGGAGACUCACGUCAUCGCAGUGGGGAGAGGAACAAAUGGACCCGACAACACGGUCACAGUCCUGCUGAAGCCCUUGUCUCUGACCCAAAUGGAUCUAAGAACCGUUCACUUGCUACUCAGCUCUAAACGACCAAUCAGCUGGCAGCUAGAAAUUGAGAAACUUCCCCUUGACCUCUCUGUGCUCGUAACGGUGUCCUCAAACUCCAGCGUACAGUCCCACACUCUCCAACUACAUGUCCAGCCGUUGCCUUGGCUCCCUUUCCGCCCACGUGUGCUGUACCGCUGGGCUCUGAAACAUCACGGCCACAUGUCGUCUCUGACACACGUCACUCAUGGAAACCGAGUCUAUGUCCGACUGGGAGAGGAUGUGACUCAGCCUCCUGUAUGCCAGCUUCAGUCCAUGUUUCUCUCCAAAAACUACAUGAACUCUGACCUGCAGCCACAAGAAGUCCAAGGCUGUGGUAAUUCCACAGCAGGUGGAAGCAACCAAGAGGUCCAUGUGUUAAAACUCCAUUCAGCAGGCUCGGGACUCUGCGGCUCUCUGCAGGUGGAGGUGAUCGUCUCCCUCGUGCCUCCGUCAAACAAGUCUUUGAGACAAAAGGUUGUGCUGAUUCUCAGCAGCUCGGUGCCAGUCAACUGGGCCAUUGUUGCUCACGGAGUCCACGGUCAUAUCGACAUUCACUCCUCCAACAGCGUGUCCCCGCCCCACCCCUCUGAGGACCACCUCACUCUGUCCACCACCCUCGUCCCCCAUCUGUCCUCCAUAACGGACCUCCUGGUGUGGGCCAACGCCAGCGGCUACAACAACGUGACCUCAUACACCGAGGCCGACCAGGCCAAUCGCUUUGUGGUCCAGCUGUCUGGAACAGGACCAGCUGUGAGAGCGGUUGCUAAGCGACCUAAAUGGGCGGAGGAACGUCGCCUAAGAGAAUGGCUCCAUGGGGGCCCCGGAUCAGGAGUAGGCCCGGAGAGUUUGACGGUACAGUGCGAGGACGGACGCCUGAGCGUGGCCCUGGACCGCCACAGCCUGCAGAGUUUUUCCGUGCCAGUUUCUGCCGUGACUCUGCGGGACCCAAGGUGCCAGGCCCAGUCCAACGGGAGUCACUUCCUGUUGGUGUUCCCGGUCAUUUCCUGUGGGACCGAGGGACAGUUCCUGGGGCGCACCAAAGGGGUGCAGUACAAAAACAAGGUGUUGUUAUGGAGAGAGCUGCCACACAACGACACUGACCCCAGAAGUUCACUUGGCAUACAUGCGCCCCGGGGUCUUAUGCCGGAUCCUGGACCGAUCCCCUUCCAAACACCCAGUCUCAAAUCUGGGCCUUUGCUUCUGUUGAAACUGUUUGUCACUGAGAGCUACAAGCAGCGGCGUAUCGGACCGUGUGUCAUCGCUGCAGACCAGCGGGUCUACGUCCAGAUUUCUGCCAUGGGUUCCUUCAUCCAGGUCGCCGAGGUGACCUCCUGUGUGGUCUCUCCUCUCUCCGACCCUAAAAGUUCCCCUUUCUGGGACGUCAUAAGGCACGGUUGUCCCGCCGAGCCUUCGCUCACGCUUGUCAAUCCGAGCGAGGAGGAGGAGGAGACCAAAGACGAAGACGACGAGGACAGGGACGAUGACAAGGAGGUGAAAGACAAAGAUGUCCCCAGUCGCUCCAAAACUGGAGGAAGAGGAAGAGAAGGGUCUUUGAGGGAGGGAACCAGCAGCACGCCCAUUCGGCCGUUGAGAUUUAGUUUCCUCUUACGGCCAGUCUACAAUGUCUCCAUGCAGUUUCUGCACUGCAGCCUUCGCCUCUGUGUCUCUGACACCACAUCGGAGGAACCCAGCAAGAAAACGGCCAAGAGAGAGUGUGAGGACGGCGAGCGUAUUCCUCCUCUCGUUUCAAGGACGUCUGCACACCAGUGUGAGACCAGAAACCUGACCAGACCUAUGGUGGUCACCCAACCCGUGAGCUCCCGGGCACACAAAGCGGUGAAGGUUGCCACAGGUCAAAGGACAAAGAGACUGUCCCCCCUGACAAGUCCAGAGCCGGCCCAGCAACCAAGUGUGUUGGUGCACACAGGACCCGUGAUGGGAAUCGCCUUUGCAGCCUUUGCGAUUGGUGUCAGCCUGAUGGGGGGGCUGUGGUGCAUCUACAGUUCUACUGGCACGCAAUGGACAUGGUUUGAGGGCGAAGGUUAUUUAACAGACCAAACUACCGGAGGCAUCACCAGUCCGACGUCACCGUCACAUCAGCUCACCAGUUCGGUGUAAAAGGUUCCCUGCGUGAGAUGGAAGCAAGACCACUGGAAGUAACACCUCGCUGGGGCGGCUGAAAAACCUUUAUACUGACUUCGAAGUGGGGACAAGAACACCUUUUCUGUGCAUUCUAAAUAGAGAAAAACUGCUAGUACGAGGCAGCUAACAGUGGUGGUUACUGUUAAGUCCGGCCUACUUUUUUCCUUCGCCUUGAGCCCUGCGGGUAAUUUUGUUUCAUUUUUUAUUUUUGAUUUUGGAAAAACCAGAGGCACUGCCUUAAGUGUUAUAGCAAGAAAACAAGAAAAUGCUAACUUUCACCACCAGGAGGCUAUAGUAAAAGUGUGCAAAUGUUACAAAAUAUACAAUGAAUCAAAUGCGCAACACAUUAAUAAUGUGUACAACUUUGCUCUGGUUUCUGCCACAGUUCUAUAGACGUUUAAGUCAAUUUAUAAAACGGUGCGGCUAAUUUUUGGAUUUUUCUUCGACGACGGCCAUAAUGCUAAUCCAUCCAUCCAUUUACUACUACUCGUCCCUUUUUUCUCAGCUGCAAUCGGGCUAAUAGUUUUCAUAAAGUUAAAGUUAAAGUCCCCAUGAUUGUCACACACACACAAGGUGUGGCGGAAUUAUUCUCUGCCUUUGACCCAUCACCCUUGAUCACCCUCAUGGGAGGUGAGGGGAGCAGUGAGGAGCAGCGGUGGCCGCGCCCGGGAAUUAUUUUUGGGGAUUCAACCCCCAAUUCCAACCCUUGAGUGCCAAGCAGGGAGGUAAUGGCUCCCAUUUUUUAGUCUUCAAUGUUUAUCAAUCAAUGUUUAUUUAUCCAUCCAUUUUCUACCGCUUAUUCCCUUUUGGGGUCGCGGGGGGCGCUGGCGCCUAUCUCAGCUACAAUCGGGCGGAAGGCGGGGUACACCCUGGACAAGUCGCCACCUCAUCACAGGGCCAACACAAAUAGACAGACAACAUUCACACACUAGGGCCAAUUUAGUGUUGCCAAUCAACCUAUCCCCAGGUGCAUGUCUUUGGAAGUGGGAGGAAGCCGGAGUACCCGGAGGGAACCCACGCAUUCACGGGGAGAACAUGCAAACUCCACACAGAAAGAUCCCGAGCCUGGAUUUGAACCCAGGACUGCAGGAGCUUCGUAUUGUGAGGCAGACGCACUAACCCCUCUGCCACCGUGAAGCCCAUGUUUAUUUAUAUAGCCCUAAAUCACAAAUGUCUCAAAGGACUGUCUUUGGUAUGACUCGGCGGGGGUUUGAACUCCGGAUUGACACUCUAACCACAAGGCCACUGAGCAGGAUGUAAAAUAUGUAGAGACUCUAAAAAGGUGUGUUACUGUUUGCGCAACAGCGCCGUCUUUUAGUUUACAUAUAGAAUAUUUCCUUCUGUUUCGUGCUCUGAACCGGAAGUACCAGUGCCGUUCCGUCUUCUACUCGUGUCGCGUUUCUACUAGCAUGGAUUCUUCAUUCGAUCUUUGUAAGUUUUACAAUAUAACUAAAACUAUUCAUACUUGCUAAAAUGUCUGCAGGAGUGUUUUCAUGCAUAUUACUACGUGCUAUCGUAAUAUAAUCAAGCUAGCAUCGUUAGCAUUAGCAUUAGUUCAUACAAUAACACCUUUACGAGUUUCUGUGUUAGUAUUAUUAACUUAUUCAUUUUUGAAUUGUUUCAGUUUCACAAAUUCCUCAGUUAAUUCACCAAAACGUCACCGUGGAGUUAUUGAGUCGGUUUAGGUGAUUGGAGAGCUCGCUUCCGUAGCUAGUGGGUCCAUGACGAUGACUUCUGUUUUGUUUCAUCAGCCGUUUUACUGCCGUGUUACAGACACCAUUUGGAAAUAAUUAAAGUAUGUAAAUAAACAUUUACAGAAUAUUUAUGUGUAAAUAACUCAUUUCAAAGCAAACAUAUAUGUGGCUUUUAGUCCGGAGCGACUAAUUUAAUGGAAAAAAAAAAUGUUCUUCAAAAAUGUUGUGGGUGUGGCCUAUUUACCGGUGCUCUCUCUCGUCCGGAAAAUAUGAUCUAUUGUGAUUAUAAAUCCCUCUAAAAAGCAUCCACAAAUAGCCAACAAUGCUUCACUCAUGUGCAUCUUAAAGGGGAACAUUAUCGCAAUUUCAAAAGGGUUAAAAACCUGUGGCUUAUUUUAUUUUUCAAAGUUUUUUUCAAAAUUUUACCCGUCCCGGAAUAUCCCUAAAAAAAGCUUGAAAGUGCUUGAUUUUCGCUAUUUGCGAAGCCACUGUCCAUUUACCUGUGACGUCACAUAGCGAUGCCAAUACAAACAGAUGGUGGAUAGCACAGCAAGAUAUAGCGACAUUAGCUCGGAUUCAGACUCGGAUUUCAGCGGCUUAAGCGAUUAAACAGAUUACGCAUGCAUUGAAACGGAAGGUUGGAGUAUGGAGGCAGAUAGCGAAAACGAAAUUGAAGAAGAAACUGAAGCUAUUGAGCGAAUAGCUAUUGACGCUAUUCGGCCAUGCAUGUCUGCCUUAGCAUUGCCGGUAAAAUGUGCGGAACAUACAAUCAAGCCUUUCGCAUUGAUACUGGAGCAAUUUAAAUCCGUCGAUUGGUAAGUGUUUGUUUGGCAUUAAAUGUGGGUGGAAGGAAACGCUGGAUGUAAAUAUAGUUUCAAAUGUACAUACAGCUAGCCUAAAUUGCAUGUUAGCAUUGAUUAGCUGGCAGUCAUGCCGCGGCCAAAUAUGUCUGAUUAGCACAUAAAUCAACAACAUCAACAAAACUCACCUUUGUGAUUUCAUUGACUUUAUCGUUGGAAAUGCAUCUGCUUUGAGUGUCGUAGGAUAUCCAGACAUUCUUGCCAUCUCUGUGCCAUCUCUGUCGUAGCAUCGCCGGUAAAAACCAAACGAGGGACUUUCGCAUCUCUUGACACUGGAGCAACUUCAAUCCGUCGAUUUACUAUUUACUAUGAAGCCACGCUGUUGUAACACGUGGCUUGGCAUUGUCUUGCUGAAAUAAGCAGGGGCGUCCAUAAUAACGUUGCUUGGAUGGCAACAUAUGUUGCUCCAAAACCUGUAUGUACUUUUCAGCAUUAAUGGUGCCUUCACAGAUGUGUAAGUUACCCAUGCCUUGGGCACUAAUACACACCCAUACCAUCACAGAUGCUGGCUUCUGAACUUUCCACCUAGAACCAUUCGGAUGGUUCUUUUCCUCUUUGUUCCGGAGGACACCACGUCCACAGUUUCUAAAAACAAUUUGCAAUGUGGACUUGUCAGACCACAUACCACUUUUCCACUUUGCAUCAGUCCAUUUAAGAUGAGCUUGGCCUCAUCGAAGCAUUUCUGGGUGUUGUUGAUAAAUGGCUUUGGCUUUGCAUAGUAGAGUUUUUACUUGCACUUACAGAUGUAGCGACCAACUGUACUCACUGACAGUGGUUUUCUGAAGUAAUGCUGAGCCCAUGUGGUGAUAUCCUUUACACACUGGUGUCGCUUUUUGAUGCAGUACCGCCUGAGGUACCCAAGGUCACUGUCCUUUCCCCUUACAAGCAGUGAUUUUUCCAAAUUCUCUGAACCUUUUGAUAACAUUACAGACCGUAGUUGGUGAAAUCCCUAAAUUCCUUGCAAUAGCUGGUUGAGAAAUGUUGUUCUUCAACUGUUGGACUUGUCUCUGUUGUGGUAUUUUAGGCUUCAUAAUGCACCACACAUUUUCAAUGGGAGACAGGUCUGGACUACAGGCAGGCCAGUUUAGUACCCGCACUCUUAUUAUGAAGCCACGCUGUUGUAACACGUGGUUUGGCAUUGUCUUGCUGAAAUAAGCAGGGGCGUCCAUGAUAACGUUGCUAUGAUGGCAACAUACGUUGCUACAAAACCUGUAUGGACCAUUCGGCAUUAAUGGUGCCUUCACAGAUGUGUAAGUUACCCAUGCCUUGGCCACUGAUACACCCCCAUACCAUCACACAUGCUGGCUUCUGAACUUUACGCCUAUAACAAUCUGGAUGGUUCUUUUCCUCUUUGCUCCGGAGGACACGAUGUCCACAGUUUCCCCCCAAAAUUUGAAAUACGGACUUGUUAGACCACAAAACUCUUUUCCACUUUGCAUCAAUCCGUUUCUGGGUGUUGUUGAUAAAUGGCUUCCACUUUGCAUAGUAGAGUUUUAACUUAAACUUACAGAAGUAGCGACCAACUGUAGUUACUGACAGUGGUUUUCUGAAGUGUUCCUGAGCCCAUGUGGUGAUAUACUUUACACACUGAUGUUGCAUUUUGAUGCAGUACCGCAUGAGGGAUCAAAGGUCACAGGCACUUUAUGUUGGUUUUAGGCCUUCCUGUGAUUUCUCCAGAUUCCCCGAACCUUUUGAUGAUGGGUGAAAUCCCUAAAUUCCUUGCAAUAGCUGGUUGAGAAAUGUUGUUUUUAAACUGUUGGACAAUUUGCUCACGCAUUUGUUGACAAAGUGGUGACCCUCGCCCCAUCCUUGUUUGUGAAUGACUGAGCAUUUCAUGGAAGCUGCUUUUAUACCCAAUUCAUAGCACCCACCUGUCCCCAAUUAGCCCGUUCACCUGUGGGAUGUUCCAAAUAAGUGUUUGAUGAGUAUUCCUCAACUUUUUUCAGUCUUUUUUGACACUUAUACCAGCUUUUUUGAAACAUGUUGCAGGUAUCAAAUUACAAAUGAGCUAAUAUUUGCAAAAUAAAAAAGUUUUCCAGUUUGAAUGUUAAAUAUAUUGUCUUUGCAGUCUAUUCAAUUAAAUAUAAGUUGAAAGUGAUUUGCAAUUCAUUGUAUUCUGUUUUUAUUUACCAUUUACACAACGUGCCAACUUCACUGGUUUUGGGUUUUGUACAUCGUUAGCCGCCUCUCACUAGCAGUUUUUCACUAUUUAGGAUGCACAGAAAAGGGAAGGAUUUUGUGUUUCUGUCUCACAGAUGUUUUGUGGAAGAUGGGCAAAAUUGAAAAUUUUAAAUAAAAUAAAGUGCAAUUCCCCUUUGACUUAAGGAAAAAAAAAAAGUUUCACUUUUUGGAUAUGAGGAUCAUAUUUGUAUAUUAGAAUGUGCUUGUCUGUCAUGUGGUACAUUUAUUGAGCACAUUUUCCUAAACCGCACACAAACAAGGAUGCUAUUUUCGUGUUGAUACCACCGAAGUGAUUUAAUUAAUAUCACUGUAAAGGAUAUUAAUCAUGUUGAUUUUAAAGUACAUGUUAUGUUUUCAGUGUUUGGGCUCACUCAAGCCAUCCUCUAGCUUUUAAUGACGUUUUUUGCUACAUUGCAGUUGAAAGUUUACACUUUAAUCAUAUGUGGUUUUAUUUAUUAAAUGAUUUAUUUCAAGUAUU